GUGCAAAUGCUAAUUGUUGGUCGAGACGGCAAUCUGAACAACAUUACGAUCGCUGUUGCCCUCUUAAACGCAGAAGACGUGGUUAACUAUUCGUGGUUUGUGGAGUGUCUGCGCGACGCCGGGUUAACGUUCAGUGUUGUCGAUUACCCUAUCUUUUGCGAUCGCAGUGAUGCAUUCCGCUCUAUUACCGCCACCUACAACCUCAACGUUCGGUACUGCACGCUCCACAUCAUAAGAAACCUACUUCGUUGA